AUUGAGAAAAUGCAAUCCAAACAACUAUAACCCUAAACACGAAGAAUAGAAGGAAUACCGGAGGAUGGCCAAAUGCCAAUCAUGAAAACAUUUGAAAGGAUCAGAUUUUUCGUCUUUGGUAAAUAUGGUUUAGUUGUGGCAUUGGUGGAUAGGCCACCACUCCAUCUUUCUCUCCGCUGGCAAGAUCUGUUUCAGAUUCCACUUCUAGUCUCUUCCGCAAGUUCUUAUCUUUUCUCCUCCUACUGUUCGUAUAUCGGAGGAGAUUGGUUAUUUCCCUUCUCGACCUUCUUCCCUGAAAACUCUCCCUACCCUUUUUCUCUUCUUCCAUAUUCUCUUUCUGGGUCUCUUCAAGGUACGAUUUUGCUUCAGCCCUUGUAAACAUUUUAGGGUUCUUGAUCUUCUGUUUUGCGCUCAUUUUGUUAGCUAGAGAUCAGUAAAGCUUAUUUCUUUCAUUUGGGCUUAUCUGUAUGUCAUCAUCUUUCAACCUGUUGGGCUUGUAGAUUCUCGUUUUUUGUCUCAAUUUUUAUGUUCUCCUUCUGAAAUUGAUCGAUUUAGAGAUAGGGUUUUCUGGGGUUUACCUUUGUUUCAAGACUUUGUUUGUGAGAAGAUCAUGGAUCCCAAGUCCCCUGAAUUUUCUGAUUAUUAUAUAAAUGGUAUCCAAGAUGGACAAGAUACAAUCUUGACCAAUCCUGACCAGAACCCUAGUCUCACAAAUGGGUUUGACUUCCAUGUUCCCUCUCCAGAUCUUGGUUUCAUGGAUGUCCCAUUUCUUCCCUCUAAUUCAGAACCUGCUGCUAGUUUUCCUUCGUCUGUUUCUGUUAGAGGCGCUGAUGAGGUCUCUUUCACUCCGACCACGGGCUGGAGCCCCGGGGGAGAUUCUUCCUCUCCCGCCAGUGAUACUGAAUCCUCAGAUCCUGUUCUCAAGUUCAUAAGCCAGAUUCUUAUGGAAGAGAACGUGGAGAAUGAGCCAUGGGAAGACCCAUUGGCUCUACGAUACACUGAACAAACAUUAUAUGAAGCACUGGGAGAGCAGUAUCCUCCACCUCCUCCUCCUCCUAUUAAUGAACCCCAACUUGUUCUAAACCAGAAUAUGGAGAGUCCAAACACUGAUGUAUCUGGUAGUAGUUAUGGUUGUGCUACCAAUAACCAUCCUAGCAGUAGCCCUGAAACUAGUACUGGGACUGACAAUCUGUGGGGUGAAGAUGUUGGAUUUCAGAACCCUGCUCUAUUACAAGUUCCCCUCCCCAGUGACCACAACUUCCAGUCUAAUUCAAACCAUCUGAGUUCAGAGUUUUCCGCUGAAUCAAAUGAUACCCUGGGUAACAUGGGCAAUAGUCUGAUGGAACCCUCUGCCACUGAGUUCAUGGUUCAAAAUAUUUUCAGUGACACGGAAUCUGUCUUGCAGUUCAAGAGAGGGUUUGAGGAAGCUAGUAAGUUCCUUCCUACUAGUAACCAGCUUAUCAUUAAUCUAGAGAGUAGUACAUUUGCUACCAAUCAAAAGGAGGGGGUUUCAAAUGUGAUAGUCAAGGAGGAUAAGAGGGAGAGACAGCAAUCACCUGAUAGGUCAAAAGGUAGGAAGAAUCAUGAACGAGAAAACAGAGAUUUAGAGGAAGAGAGAAGUACUAAGCAGUCUGCAGUUUAUGUUGAAGAAGGUGAACUAUCUGAGAUGUUUGAUAAGGUAUUGCUCUAUACUUGUAAGCCUGUGGGCAAUGAAGAUGUUAAGCAUGAAGAAAGCAGAACCUUGGAGAAAAAUGAACAGCCCAGUGAAUCUAAUGGAGGGAAAUCCCGUUCUAAAAGACAGGGCAAGAAGAAGGAAACAAUUGACUUGAGGACUCUCCUCAUUCUCUGUGCACAAGCUAUCUCAUCUUUUGAUAACAGGACUGCUGGUGAGCUACUAAAGCAGAUUAGGGAGCACUCUUCCCCUUCUGGUGAUGGAUCUCAGAAGUUGGCCCAUUACUUUGCCAAUGGCCUGGCGGCACGCUUGGAUGGAAGUGGAUCUGGAAUUCAAAAUUUUUAUGCCAUGAACCCUGCUAGUCAGACGGCGCCAUUUGAACACGUCUUCUCGAAGGAAACAACGUGCUGCAGCCGCCGACCGGUUGUAGCUGGUGAAAUGGGCCUGCACGAAUAAGUAUUCUUCCGUCAUCUGCUUCUUCUCUGUCGGUAUCUCUUUCAUUAAUAAUUAAAAUUUUUACCA